UUGUAUCUAAAGCAUCUGGUCAACUUAUCGGUCUUGCAUUAAAAUGGCUCGACGGCAUACGGGGGCCUAAAAAGCAUAGGUUUACAAACGAUAUUAUCAUACUAGGUGUGAAACCCAACAAUAAGCACAAUACAUAUGGUAUAUGUAAAGCUUGUGAUGAUGCCCUUGGACGAGAGGAAGCUUUGAAUAACACAAUAACAAAUAAAAAAGAUACUAUUCGAAAUCACCUAAAACAAUGUAACCAUUUUCUUACUAAACUAGGAUCUCAAGAAGCUGUAGACACGUAUUGUAAUAAAACAGAUAAUGAAGCAGAACAGAAUUCACGAAGUUCAAAAAAACGUCAAAAUAGUGACACCUCAGCCACACCUACAUCAUCCAAGAAGCCUGGAAAAAAAAAAAUAUCCAAUCCUAAUUCUAUAUCUAAUUAUUUAACUAAAGAUGUUACUACAAAAGAGAAACCAAAAUUUGAACAAUUGCUACUUCAAACCAGAGAGCUGUUCAAGUUUUUAAAUCCAUCACUUACCCUUCCUAGUCGGCGUUCUUUAUCUAAUCGUAUUCUUGAAAAUGAAAGAAAAAACAUUGUAAUGUCACGCAAACAAAAAUUAAAAGCAGAUAAAAUAGAAAAUAUUUUAAAACAGCAUAUUUUUGGUUCGCUGUUUAUUUUAUCAACCGGAGAAAUUCAAGUUUGGGAAGCUAUCGAUAUUAGUUUAGAAAGGGAGCGAAUGGUUGAAAUUAUUCCUAAAAUUAAAAAUAUGAUAAAAGAUGCAUCAAAUCUUGGGGCUAAACUAUCAGCAAUUGUUUCUGAUA